UCGUCCGACGCCCGCUGCGGCUGGUGCUUCUUCCGGCCGCGCCUGCUGCAGCGCUUCCGCACCGCCAAGUGGGUGCUCUUCUGGCUGUGCUGGGCCGGCGCCAUGCAAGGCAUGGUGGUGAACGGGUUCGUGAACGUGGUGAUCACGACGAUCGAGCGGCGCUUCGGGCUGCGGUCGUCGCAGUCGGGUCUGGUGGCGGGCGGCUACGACAUCGCGUCGUUCGCGUGCCUCGUGCCCGUCACCUACCUGGGGGGCCGCGCCGGCGCCUCCAAGCCGCGCUGGCUCGGCGCCGGGGUGGCGCUCAUGGGCCUCGGCUCGCUGCUCUUCGCCGCGCCCCACUUCGCCGUCGGCCCCUACCGAGGCGCCGCCCACCUCGCAGACACCUGCGCGCCCCACAACGCCACCGACGCUCUGGGCUCUUGCCGCGAGCAGUCCGCGGAGUCGGAGCACCUGUCGUCGUACGUGUGGCUGUUCCUGCUGGGCCAGCUGCUGCACGGGGCCGGCGCCUCGCCGCUCUACACGCUCGGCGUCACCUUCAUCGACGAGAACGUCUCCAAGAAGAUGUCCUCCGUCUACCUGGGAAUCUACUACACGACGGCCAUCAUCGGGCCAGCGCUGGGCUACGUGUUGGGUGGACAGCUGCUCAAGAUCUACACCGACGUCCUCACCGUCAACCCGGCAGAGAUGGGCCUGACGCAGGACAGCAACGUGUGGGUGGGCGCCUGGUGGAUCGGCUUCGUGCUCGCCGCCUUCGUCUGCCUCGCCCUCGCCGUGCCGCUGCUCGCCUUCCCACCGGCCCUACCAGGGUCGGCGGCGCUGCGCGCGCAGAAGGUGUCGGAGGCGCACGGAAACUGCCGCGUGGAGGCGUUCAGCAAGGUGCGCGAGAUGCCGCGCGCGCUGCGACACCUCGUGGCCAACCCCACCUUCUUCUUCCUGAACCUGGCCGGCGCCAGCGAGGGGCUGCUCAUCGCCGGCUUCGCCGCCUUCCUGCCCAAGCUCAUCGAGAACCAGUUCAGCGUCAACGCCACCUGGGCCGCCAUGCUCAUGGGCCUGAUCACGGUGCCGGCGGGCGGGGGCGGCACCUUCCUGGGGGGCUACCUGGUGAAGCGGCUCAGCCUGCACUGCGCCGGCAUCAUCAAGCUGUGCGUGGCAGCCACGCUGGUGGCCGCCGGCUUCACCGCCUGCUUCUUCCUCACCUGCCCCAACCUGCGCUACGCAGGCAUCACCGCGCCCUACGCUGCAGACAGCAGCAGCAGUCCUGUGACGGCAUUGGGGUUGGAUAGUUCUUGCAAUGCUCAGUGUGGCUGCAGCGCUGCCCAGUUUGACCCAGUGUGUGGUGCAGAUGGUGUCAUGUACUAUUCACCUUGCUAUGCUGGCUGCCGCAGUGAGGUGCUCCUCUCCAACGUUAAGGUUUAUACGGACUGUGCUUGUAUAUCAGAUGCAGGACGCAACCUUACAGAUCUUUGGCCAGAAGCAGGGGAUGGCUCCUUUCAAGCAGAAAAUCGCAUGUGUGCCUCAGAAUGCCCCUACCUUUGGCCAUUUGUUGUCCUUGCAUUCUGCACCAUGUUCUUCACAUUCCUCAGCACAAUGCCUGCUCUUUCUGCAACACUAAGGUGUGUGCAGGAUGAUCAGCGUUCUUUUGCCCUCGGAAUCCAGUGGAUAAAGGUACGGCUUAUCGGUACCAUUCCUGCACCAAUGGUAUUUGGUGCCUUAAUUGAUGAAACUUGCCUCCAGUGGUUUGAGAGUUGUCAUGAAAGAGGUGCUUGUCAGGUUUAUGACAAUACUUACAUGGGAAGAUACAUGCUUGCACUGGCUUUCAUAGGAAAGGCAGCAUCCCUACUGUUUUUCUUCUUGGCAUGGUGGUUUUAUGUUCCUCCCUCUGGCCUAAAUCAGGCUUUGCAAGCUGCAACUCCAACAUCUCCAGACACAAUGCAAGAUGGACCAGGAGUUAUACAUACUAUCAGUAUGAAUGGGCACACAAAUCAUGCUCGAGACAUUGACUGAUAUUAAAGAAAACCAUUGAUUCUAGGACUGAAUAACAGAUGGCCAGUGUUGGUCAGUAUUUUGCUGCUGGAUCUUUGAGUACUUCUCAUAGUCCAUGCUAAGGUGCAAUGUUCUCUGUAAAAGUCAUAUGUCAAUGACUAAACAGGCAGCUUCCUACUUAUUUUUUUGAAUGAACCCGUCCACAUUGUUGUCAACAGUGAAGACUAAAAGCAGUAUUUUAUUUAUUAUUGUCAAACCCCAUGUAAAAUAUAUUUGAUAGAAUUUAUGUGAAUAAUGUGGUAGACUGGUCUCAGGUACAUUCCAUAAAAAAUAGAUUUCUUGCAUAUAUGUUUGCUGAUUAUUUGCACUGAGUGUGAAGGAUGUGUAUUAACUUUUUGUACUUGUCAGUGUUUUGGUAUUCUUUGUUAAAGCAUAAGUGUCAUAGCAAAGAAAUGUGUUCACUAUACCAAAUGAUAAAGGUGAAGGUGAAAGAUUUUGUCGUUAUGGAAAUAGCUGGCUCGAAUGAUCUACUUAAAAAGUUACCAGUUGUCAUCAUGUGCAAAAUAUGUGCAGAUAAACAAAAUUACACCAAAGUGAUUAUUUCAAAUGUUAUUGCCUAUGUACAACAGAACAUAUUGUACAGCGAGAAUGAAAACUGAUAUUUUGUAAACUGGUACAUACCUUGAAUGUGGUUGUCAGCUGAUCAAUUAGCUAUAAUAAUUUAUUAUUUCUUAAAAUUGUAACUUGAAAUUUUAAAUAGAAUCAUUACAAAUUAGUGGUUAUAAAAUGAGAAAAUUACUAUUACUGUGCAAUAACUUGCCAGACUUUGCUGUUUUUCUAAGCAAAGAAUAUUAGUAUGCUACUGAGAAUAAGAACAGCCAUGAAAUACUUCCAUGUCUGAUGUUCUAAUAAGAUAUUACCUCAGAAAGUGACUAACUGACAUAUAUUACAAAUGAAAUUUAUUAAUUUUCUGUACUGCAGCAAUUGAUUUUCAUGUACAAAUAGUAUUGAAGCACAC